GCUUCUGUUGCUUGCCUUCCACUGAUCUCGUGCUCAUCUUCUCAAAAAAAAAAAAUCUGCUAAAAAAUAUCGAGAAGCAGCAAAAUAAAGGCCAAAACGAUCAAAAUCGAGUCUAAUAUUGUCAUUUCAUAUCAAAAUAGUGAGAAUAUGGGUUGGUUUAGCCGAGCAUGCCAAUAUGUAAUGUCUUUGUUUAAGAGAUUAAAGGAUAAUAUUGUCAACUUUGCCCUUGAGGCCAAAAAAUUAGGAAAAGAUGAUCCUAGAAGGAUUUUCCAUGCCUUAAAAGUUGGCUUUGCAAUCACAGUUGUUUCCUUGUUUUACUAUUUCCAACCUCUCUAUGAUGGUUUUGGUGUCUCCGCUAUGUGGGCUGUUAUAACUGUCGUAGUUGUUUUCGAGUUUACCGUAGGCGCAACAUUAGGGAAGGGUUUAAAUAGGAUGAUCUCGACAUGUGUAGCAGGGUUUCUAGGGGUGUUAGCUCAUUACUUGGCGGAUCUAUCAGGGGAUAUAGGGGAGCCCAUUUUACUUGCUCUCUUUGCCUUUAUAGUAGCUGUGAUAUUGACAUUCAUGAGGUUUUUUCCAAAGUUGAAGGCAAGAUAUGACUAUGGACUUAUGAUCUUCAUCUUAACAUUUUCUUUGGUGGCCGUAUCUGGGUAUCGAGAUGAUGAGGUGAUAAAAAUAGCGCAACAAAGAUUGUCGACGAUCAUCAUAGGAAGUUGCAUCGCCAUGCUUAUUUGCAUACUCAUUUCCCCUGUUUGGAUGGGAACUGAAUUGCAUAAUCUCAUUGCUUCUAAUAUUGAAAAGCUUGGCAACUUCUUAGAAGGAUUUGGAACUGAAUACUUGGAAACAAACGGUGAAAAGGCAAAGGAAGAGAAGUCUUUCCUUCAACAAUACAAAAGUGUUCUAGGUACAAAAAGCACUGAAGAGACCAUGGCAAACUUAGCUUCAUGGGAGCCUAGCCAUGGUAAGAUCAAGUUUCGUCAUCCAUGGAAACAAUACCUGAAGAUUGGAGCCUUAACUAGACAUUGCGCCUACAGAGUUGAUGCUCUCAAAAAUUGUCUUUAUUCCGACAUUCAACAAGUAACACCAGAAUCUCAAGAGAAGAUGAAAAAAGCAUGCAAAAGAUUGAGCAGCGAAUUAGGCAAAGUACUGAAAGAAGUAGGUACAGGGAUGAAGAAGAUGAAGAAGACAUUAACAGUAAAAGAACACUUGACCCAUACAAAAUCAGCAGCUCAAGAGUUAAAAACCUUGCUUGAAGACAGAAGUUUAUGGGAAAGUUUAAAUCUUUUAGAUGCUUUACCAGCAUUAACAGUUGCUUCAAUACUUAUUGAUAUUGUAGAUUGUGUAGAAAAUAUAUUAGAGGCAGUACAUGAGUUGGCCUCCAUGGCAGAUUUUAAGACCAUGGAUAGUGUAGUAGUCCCAGAAAAAGAACUCUCCGAGAUUAUUGUUGUUGGAGAUGUCACUGAUGAUAAGAAUAAUGUCGCAGAAAAAGGGACUUCAUCAGCAGAAUCUGAAAGAAAGAGUUCCCCAUAAAUAUUAUAUAUGUGUAGCUGUCUAAGUGUACCACUGUUACUUCUAAGUUAUCAGUGCUGAUGGAGAGCUAUAAAUAACUCAUUAAUCAUCAUUAGUAACUCUUAAUAAUAUUCAAUUUGUUCUUUAUGAUCAUAUAA